UUUCGCGCCAAAGACAAAUUUGCCGGGAGAGUGGUGGACAUCAUGCUGAAAUAGUCUCAGUCUUUCUCACAAAAAAAUGGUGCUUCAAAACAGCGGAAGAUUCAAAACCGACGCUGGUAAAGGAGAAAACAAUGCUGGUUACAGUAAAGAAGAGUCUGCAGAAAAGCGCGUAACGAAGGCCAGACAGAAUGACGAAAUUGACGUAAAGUUUGGGUUUGAGAGGUACAAGGACCCACAGGAGCGAUGUGGUUGGAUGAUCAACAUGCACCCGGCUGAUAUCAUGGAUGAAGACAAACGCUUGGUCAGUGCGGUUGAUUACUACUUUGUUGAAGAUGAUGGUGGGAGAUUUAAGGCAACCUUGCCGUAUAGGCCUUACUUCUAUGUGCUGUGUAAGAAGGGAACUGAGCGGGAAGUUGCUGCCUACCUGACCAAGAAGUUCUCUGGGAAGAUUGCAUCUGUCGAAACUGUUAACAAAGAGGAUCUUGAGCUGCAUAACCAUUUGGUUGGUUUAAAAAGGCAGUAUGUCAAAUUGUCAUUCCUCUCCGUUGAAGACUUGAUGAAAGUUAAGCGUGACAUCCAGCCUGCUGUACGCAAAAACAAGGCCAAUGACAAGUCACAUGAAGUCUACACAAGUUACAUGGAUGAUGAUGAUCUCGUCUCGAAGAAGACAGUUGACCAAAUGGAGAACAUAGUUGACAUCAGAGAGCAUGAUGUCCCAUACCAUGUGCGAGUGUCUAUAGACCUUAGCCUGAAUGUUGGCCACUGGUAUUCUGUGAGGGGAAGGGGCAGCCAGGCACCAGAGAUCAAACGAAGGGAGGAUCUGGUUCAUAGACCUGACCCAGUGGUGCUAGCAUUUGAUAUUGAGACUACAAAACUUCCCCUGAAGUUUCCCGACUCCACUAUUGACCAGAUCAUUAUGAUCUCAUACAUGAUCGAUGGACAGGGAUACCUGAUUACUAAUAGGGAGAUAAUAUCCCAGGACAUAGAAGACUUUGAAUAUACUCCAAGACCCGAGUUUCCCGGGCCGUUCAUUAUAUUUAAUGAAUCUGAUGAGUUUACACUUCUACAGAGGUUCUUUGACCACAUACUGGAGGUCAAGCCUCACAUAUUUGCUACAUACAACGGUGACCUUUUCGACUGGCCGUUUGUGGAGGCACGGGCAGCCUUCCAUGGUCUGGACAUGUCUCGCGAAAUUGGUUUCGAGAAAGACAGCCAGGAUGAGUACAAAGCCAGACCCGCCAUACACAUGGACUGCUUCAGAUGGGUUAAAAGAGACAGCUAUUUGCCAGUUGGUAGUCGGGGUUUGAAGGCUGUUGCAAAGGCCAAGCUGAGAUAUGACCCAACUGAACUUGAUCCUGAGGAGAUGUGCCGAAUGGCGACAGAGGAACCCCAAGUGUUGUCCAACUACUCUGUGUCUGAUGCAGUGGCCACAUUCUACCUGUACCAGGAAUAUGUGCAUCCGUUCACCUUCGCCCUGUGCACCAUCAUCCCUAUGGAGCCGGAUGAGGUACUUAGAAAGGGAUCUGGUACCCUGUGUGAAGCCUUGUUGAUGGUUCAGGCUUACCAUGCAAACAUCGUGUUCCCCAACAAGCAAGAGUCUGUGCUGAACAAGCUGACAGAGGACGGACACCUCAUGGACAGUGAGACCUAUGUUGGUGGACAUGUAGAGGCAUUAGAGUCGGGGGUCUUCAGGGCAGAUAUCCCCUGCAGGUUCAGAAUGGUGCCUGAAGCCUUCCAGAAUCUGAUUGACAAAGUGGAGGGAACAAUGAGGUUCUCUAUUGAAGUAGAGGAGAAAAUACCCAUGGAUCAGGUCACAAACUUUAACGAGGUAUGCACUGAUAUCAUAGAGCGGUUAUCAAUGUUGCGUGACUGUCCUAAUAGACUGGAGAACCCAAUCAUCUACCAUCUGGAUGUCGGAGCCAUGUACCCCAACAUCAUUCUCACCAACAGACUUCAGCCCCCUGCCAUAGUAGAUGAGGCAACUUGUGCUGCAUGUGACUUCAACAAGCCUGGAGCAACGUGCCAACGGAGAAUGCCUUGGAUGUGGAGGGGAGAAAUCAUGCCGGCAACAAGGAGCGAAUACCAUCGUAUACAGCAGCAGUUAGAGAAUGAAAAGUUCCCUCCCUCGGAGCCCGGUCGACGGCCCCGUGCCUUCCAUGAACUCCCCAGGCUGGAGCAGGCUGAGAUUGAAAAGAAACGACUGGCAGAAUAUUGCCGAAAGGCAUACAAGAAGACCAAGCAUACAAGAAUGGAGGAACGAACAGCCACCAUCUGUCAACGUGAGAACUCGUUCUAUGUGGAUACAGUGAGGGCUUUCAGGGACAGGAGAUAUGAGUUCAAGGGUCUUACCAAGGUCUGGAAGAAGAAGCUAUCAGAGGCCGAGGAUUCGAAAGAUGCGUCAGAAAUCAAGAAGGCUAACGGCAUGGUGGUGCUGUACGAUUCCCUGCAGCUGGCACACAAGUGUAUCCUCAACUCUUUCUAUGGCUACGUCAUGAGGAAGGGGGCUCGCUGGUACAGUAUGGAGAUGGCAGGAAUCGUGUGCUUAACGGGUGCCCAUAUCAUCACCAAGGCCAGGGAAAUUGUGGAACAGAUUGGGCGUCCCCUCGAGCUGGACACAGACGGUAUCUGGUGUGUGCUGCCUGCGACGUUCCCUGAGAACUACGUCAUUAAAACCAACAACCCCAAGAAACCCAAGGUCACCAUCUCCUACCCUGGGGCUAUGCUGAAUGUCAUGGUCAAGGACUUCUUCACAAACGACCAAUACCAGGAGCUUGUCAACACUGAUACAAUGGAGUACAAGGUCCGCAAUGAGAACUCCAUCUUCUUUGAGGUUGAUGGGCCGUAUCUCUCCAUGAUUCUCCCUGCAUCAAAGGAGGAGGGCAAGAAGCUGAAGAAACGAUAUGCAGUGUUCAACUUUGAUGGCUCCCUUGCUGAACUGAAGGGGUUUGAAGUAAAACGUAAUGGUGAGCUUGAGCUGAUCAAGAUCUUCCAGUCAUCGGUGUUUGAGGCUUUCCUUAAGGGGAAGACCCUGGAGGAGUGUUACAGUGCAGUGGCCAAGGUGGCAGAUUACUGGCUGGAUGUGCUGUUCAGCAAGGCAGCGAAUAUGCCGGACUCUGAGCUAUUUGAGUUGAUCUCGGAGAAGCGAAGUAUGUCUCGGAAACUCGAGGACUAUGGAUCCCAGAAGUCUACCUCCAUCUCUACGGCUAGAAGACUGGCAGAAUUUCUGGGAGACCAGAUGGUUAAGGAUGCGGGUCUUAGCUGCAAGUUUGUCAUCUCCAAGAAGCCCGAGGGAGCACCCGUCACGGAAAGGGCUAUUCCCAUGACCAUAUUUGAGGCUGAGCCUGGUGUGAAGAAGCACUACCUUAGAAAGUGGCUAAAAGCCCCUGGAAUGAACAGUUUUGACAUCAGAGAGAUUUUAGAUUGGCAGUACUACAUAGAGAGAUUGGGAGGCACUGUCAUGAAGAUCAUUACCAUUCCUGCAGCUCUGCAGAAUGUAGCCAACCCAGUUCCACGUAUAGCCCACCCCGACUGGUUACAGAAGAAGUUACUGGAACGCAAUGAUGUGUUCAAACAAAAGAAAAUCAGCGAGAUAUUUGCAGCGGCUGCUAAACCUACACAGGAUGACUUGGUCUUCAAGAAGCCAGCAGCAAUACAAGACAUGGAAGAUAUUGGUUCCAGGCCUGCGGUGGGUCCCAGGGGAGUGGCCACCUCUAACAAGCGUAAACGCACAAGUGACGAGUUCUCACAAAGUCAGGAUGACUCCCAGCUGGACGGUUCCCAGUCAUGGAGAGAUGCGUUGGGCCCACCACCAUCAGCAGGAAACACUAUGGAUGAACAGUUAGCAUGGCUGGCAUACCACAAGAAGAAGUGGGCCAUGCAGAUUCGUGAGAGGAAGGAGAGCAGGAAACGACGACGUGUCGCGUUUGACGACGGGCCAUCACAUAUGCCGUUGACCUCAAGUAGUCGUGGUAUUGGAGGGUUCCUGAGGAGAACUGCCCGCUCCAUCAUGGACAUGCCCUGGCAGAUUGUACAGUUGAUAGAGUCAGGUCACCCCGGUCAGUUCAAGCUGUGGGCCCUGAUUGGCAGUGACCUACAUGCCAUGAAGCUGAACGUCCCAAGGAUCUUCUAUGUGAACCAGAAAACUCCCAAGGUUGGAGAAGGACAGUUAUGGCGAAAGGUGAUAAAGACACUACCUCGUGCCCACCCAAUCAUGAAUCUCUAUGAGUAUUCCGUACCCGAGGAUGUGUACCAGGAGCACAUUAACGAGAUCAGUGCGGACCUCUCGUCCCCGGAAAUUGAGGGCGUGUAUGAGACACACGUCCCGCUGCUGUUUAGGGCUCUUGUGCGUGUAGGGUGUGUUACCAUGGUGAAUAGGGACUUCUCCAAGCAGAUGGCUGGACGGGAGACCGACACGUUUGAGCUGGAAAAUUUGGAGUUCCGGACUCUUGCACAAUUCUCGUACCUUGAGCCAGGAUCCAUCAAGAACCUGUACCUCUAUCAUCAUGUCUGUGGCAGUAAGAUGCUGUAUGGAUUGUUUUUCCCCAUGUCCAAAAAGGGAACUAUAUUUGUGGUGGACACUGUCCGAAGUGAUCAGAUGCCGAACGUAAAUGCAAUGUUCAAUGCUGAAAGAAAUGUCAAGGUAUCGCAGGGUAAGGAUGAGGCCAUGUUGCCGGAGGCUGGCCACAAGUUUGACUAUAAGCUAGAGAAAGAUGUGAACCAGGUGUUCCGGACUGUGCAGAGAAUGCUGUCAGCAUACAAGGACGAGAAGCGUGGGCCAACGUACAUAGCCGUACAGUCUUCACUAGAUUUCCAGCACCUGAUAGCUGACAUGCCAGGACUGGGAGAUUUCCCGCUAGUACCAAUACACAUAUCUGACAGUGAGAAUCUGUACAAUGUGUUGGACUGGCAGAGGGUGGGAUGUCGUCGGAUGCUACAACACUACAUGAAUGUGGACAUCAUACUGCAGGCCAUGAUGGAGCAGUGCCGAUACCUUCAUAUGCCUGUUGGUAACUUCCCUAAGGACAUCACAAUGGCCGGCUGUGACAUUUUCUUCGCUAGACAUCUGAACCGACAUAACCAUGUUCUCUGGUGCUCCCCGACGGAAAGACCUGACCUUGGUGGAAAGGAAGCUGACGAUAAUCGACUCGGAAUUCAGGUGGAGAAUUUGACAACGGAGAUUAACAAUGCCGGGGCAUACUCCACUGUUUGUGUUGAGCUGGAUAUGAACAGUCUUGCUGUGGAUACCAUUAUAGAGUCGUCACAUGUGAAUGAUCAAGAGGGAGCGAGUGCUAUGAGUUUUGACACAAUGCCCCAGGCCAAUAUUGAAGAGCUAGUACAAGGACAGGGGGCAGCUACCAUGAUGACUAGCUACGAUGAGACAGCAUUGUGUUCCACAGCUUUUAGGAUUCUGAAGAGUAUGGUACAGAGCUGGGUACGAGAUGUAACGGUGCAUUCCAACGUGUUUGCAGACAACCAGAUCAUACACUUCUACAGAUGGUUACGCAGCCCAAAUGCUCUACUGUACGAUCCUGCUCUCAGAAGGACCCUCCAUAACAUGAUGAAGAAAGUGUUCAUGCAGCUGAUGGGAGAGUUUAAGAGAUUGGGUUCCAACAUUGUGUAUGCCAACUUCAACCGCGUGGUCCUGUGUACGAAGAAGCGGCGAUUGAUGGAUGCCCUGGCCUACGUGGAGUACAUUACUAACACUAUCAAGGGGAAGGAACUGUUUCAUCUAAUAGAGAUGUCAUAUGAACAGUGCUGGGAAUAUCUUCUAUGGCUAGACCCUGCAAACUAUGGAGGCAUCAAGGGGAAGCUACCCUCAGAGGCAGAGGUGGAGGUGGUUGCCCCAGAGACCGCGGAAAGGGGAGAGGACAGUGAUGAGGAAGAGAGGGUCGGGGAGGAUGAAGGGGAGGAGUUGAAUAAAAGCGACGAGGAGGAGGCGCCGGAAAUUGAGAUGAACUGGAACAUCAUGCACUUCCUGCCCACUGCUGCAGCCUGUCAGACCAACUUUAAUAUGAUCAUAGCAGGCUACAUACUGUCUGUGUACAGCAACUUCCAGGAAGAGCAGCGGCGACUGACACCCGGUAACACACCGGUAAGACGUAGAAACACAAGCCAGUCCCAGAGUUACCUCCCUGACACAACAACUACGCCAUCAAGUGUGUCUUUCACACAGAAUCUGAUCUCUGGGGAUCUUGCUCAGCAGAUGUUUGCUCUGACCCAGAAGAUACAUACUAAGCUGAGUGGUAAUCGUACGAAGGGAGAACUAGCAGAGGAGUUUCCCCGACCUCCUGGCUCACAUCUCGCCCUUCACAACCCUGCCCUGGAGUUUGUCAAGGCCAUUUGCAAGGUGCUAUCACUGGAUGCAAACAUCAACCUACAAGUUAGCAAACUUCAGCGUGACCUUCUCAAGCUGAUUGGUAUUGGCGAGUUUGCCCCAGAGGCAGUCUUCCUCGAUCCCUGUCUGUCGUAUGUGCUCCCGGAGGUGAUCUGUAAAGCGUGUAACCACAUCCGUGACCUUGACUUGUGCAGGGACCCCUACCUUAGCCAGUCUGGACCAGGUGCCCAGUGGUCAUGUAUACAGUGUAAAGAAGAGUACGACCUUGAAGAGAUAGAGCAGUCACUGAUUGACUCCGUUCACAGGAAGUCCAUGGCCUACGUCCUACAAGAUCUCGAGUGUGCCAAGUGUAAUCAGGUGAAGGAUACAAACAUGCGGACCUAUUGUACGUGUGCGGGGGAGUUCAAGAACAUCGCCACCCUGGAUGACAUGGGCAAACAGCUGCGCACAUUCAGGGGCAUAGCCAGCCAUUACAACAUGGUCCUGCUCCAAGAGACGGUGGAAUGGAUCCUGAAACUCAACCCUCAGAUUAUCGACCAUUGAGGGAAAGGAUACGGUGAAUCCACUGUGCUUAUGUGACUUGUGUGUGAAUUUGGCUUCCUGGACGGGUUUGGGAUGACUAUAUAUAUAUAUUUAUAUGAUAUAGGUAGUUCUCGGAGGGAACUAGACUGUGAAUCCAUUGAACUUCUGCACAGUGGUUACUUACCUUCGUAAACAGCAAUUCUUCCGUCAGCCUAAUCACUAAAAUAUGAACAAAAUCAUCAAGAUCAGCUUGUUAAUUGGUCAGUUUAACAAAACUAGGACUAUAUUGUCUAAAAUAGUUAUAGCCAAUGGUUGCAUUGUCAAAUUUAUGAACUGGAAAAUAUCUGCCAGGCCAUCUUGACAGAUUCCCUUGUGUGUAAAAUGUAUUCCUGGUUACGAGAUGCAUGUCACUUGUGUUUAUAGCAAUUUGUUUUCCUGCUUAUAAAACAUACUGUACAUGUAUCUUGGGUGCUGAUAUUUAUAAUUAUAUAUAUAAAUUUUUGAAGAAAUUUUCCUGCACAUUAUAGGAAACUGGUGUUUGCUACUUGUUACAAAUUAUCCAUUUCCAUUGGAUUAAGAGAUGAUUCUGAACUACACUUCGGCCAAAAAUCUUAAGAAAGACGGCCCUGCCACAGUGAUUGUUAAUUACUGUAAUAUUACCACUCUCCGUCUUGUAGAUUACAUUAACGUAGUAGGCAAAUUUCAUGUUCCAUAGAAUUGUAUAUGUCUCGCUGAAUAAACAUUUACGGUAGGUAUAACUGUAAUGUCUCAACAAGUGCUAAUAUUUGAUUUCUUCCAACAAUCAAUGUCGUAAAUUCGUAAUACAUGUAUAUCAAUAAUAUAUUCAUCAUUAUUAAUGUGAACAGUGUCUUGCUAUGAUUUCGUUUACAUAAUGUACAUAUGUCUGUGA